AUGUCUCGAAUGAUUUCCCGAUACUCUCGAAGACAAACUUUCGCCACCUUCUCCUCCAAUUUACGUUUGUCAUCAUCACUGAAUAAUUUAUUUCUUUGGAACAUUAAUAGUAGCAAUAAUAGUAAUUUAUUAAAACGCAAUAAUAAUUAUUUGGAUUUAUUAAAUAUCGGAACAAGUCGUUCCUUUCAUACACAAUCCUUUUUUCAAAAUGCCACGAAAAAUCCAUAUGAAGUUUUAGGAGUUCAAUUUGGAGCAAGUGAAGAUGUUGUCAGAAAGGCUUAUAUCAAGUUGAGUAAGAAAUUUCACCCAGAUCUUAACAAGACAGAGGAUGCUAAAGAUAAGAUGGCUGAAAUUAAUGCAGCCUAUUCUCAAAUUAAACAAGGAAAUGUUCAAAAUCCAAACAAUCCAAAUAGUGCACCAUUUGGAACAGGACAAUCAGAUCCAAGAGGAUUUUGGGGAAAGGAUCCAUUUAGUAGUGGAUCUCGUUACAAUCCAUUCGAUGUAUUCCCAUUUUCAGAUGAUGAUUUCCUGACAAGAAUUGAAAAAUAUAAGAAGGGUGAAAAGACAUGGUUUGCUGAUUCAGAACAUACCACUUUCCUUGGUAUUAUGAAUAAGUAUAAUUCAGAGAGAAGACAAGAAAAAGAAAUGAAACAAAGAGAAACUAUAAUUCAAACUCAUUUCAAAGACCAACAUGAGCUUGUUAAAAAAGUCUUGUUGAAAUCACCAGUCAUUUUCAGUUUUGUUUACGACAUUAAGAUGAACGGAAUGACUCCAACUAAAGCCAUUGCUCUCGGUAUGAAAUUGAUGGCUUACGUGGCUUACGUUUUUGCAAUUUAUUUAGUUUUCAAAGGAAUGACCUCUCUUGUGAGAAGAGAAGCUCAAACCUCUAAAAUGAAAGAAAUCGAGGAGAAUAGAGUUAGAGGUGUUCAAAACAAUAGAUACAGAGUUUACUCACGAGAUGGUACUAAAAUUGGUAAUGAUGGUGGAUCUGGAGUCGGACAAAAUUAUGUCAGUAAUGAAGAAAAGACAGCAAGAGCUUACAAAAAUCUUAGAACUAAAUUUGACGAUUCAUCUAAGAAUGCAGCCAAAAACAGUACUCCAACAACAGUAUCUUCAGAAAAUUCAAAGUGA